CGCCAUCUUUACUCCAUCCCAGUGCAGCGCUGCCGGUGGGGCGGAAACACCACACCACUCAUCGACCCCAGUUGGUUUCUAGGAACCGCCGCCAGACCUGGCACACUACCGUGUUUCAUUACAUUUUGUCACCUUUGAAAUAGUCCGCUUACCUUACCUGCAUCUUCAUACAAAAUGGGUGAGAACGAGAAGAUCUAGUUUACCAGGCAAAACUUGCCGAGCAGGCAGAGCGAUAUGACGAGAUGGUGGUGUCUAUGAAGAACGUGGCAGGCAUGAACGUGGAGCUCACAGGUGAGGAGAGGAACCUACUAUCAGUGGCGUACAAGAAUGUGAUUGGAGCCCGAAGAGCUUCUUGGAGGAUAAUCAGCAGUAUUGAACAGAGGGAAGAGAGCAAGGGUGGAGAAGAGAAACUGAAGAUGAUCCGGGAAUACAGGCAAACGGUUGAGACAGAGCUGAAGACGAUCUGUGGUGACAUUCUGGACGCACUGGAAAAGAACCUACUCCCUUCUGCUGUCAUGGGAGAGUCUAAGGUCUUCUAUAACAAAAGGAAAGGUGACUACCACAGGUACCUGGCAGAGUUUGCCACUGGAAACAACAGGAAGGAAGCAGCAGAGAACAGUUUGGUGGCCUAUAAAACCGCAACCGACCUAGCCAUGUCGGAGUUGCCACCCACACACCCCAUUCGCCUCGGCCUUGCCCUCAACUUCUCUGUCUUCUACUAUGAGAUUCUCAACUCGCCUGACCGUGCUUGCAGGUUGGCGAAGGCUGCUUUUGAUGACGCCAUUGCAGAACUGGACACACUGAGUGAAGAAAGCUACAAGGACUCCACACUUAUCAUGCAGUUGUUACGUGACAACCUGACACUAUGGACUUCAGAUAUGCAGGGAGAGGAGUCCUAAAGGAAACAAACCUGACUGUUCAUUUCCCAUGUUAACUAUACUUUGUGAAGAACAGAACAAAGAGGCACUGCAAGACGUUGAGGAUGAGGCCCAGUAAGACUAUGCCACCAACAGCCAACAACUUGAGACCCCUCCCUCACCUCCUCACACUCCUCACCCCCUCCUCAUCUUCCCAUCUCCUUUUCCCUCUGUGUGACUUACCAUCCUCUUCCUCCUCUCCCUUCUACUUUUCCUUUCUUCCACCUCUGCAGCUCCAAGACCCAGCAGGGCCCCGGAGUUAACAAGUUUAUUUUUCUCUUCUUUUUUAUUUUUAUAUUAGCCCUUACAUCAUGUCAAAUAAAUACCACUUAAUUGAGACAGUAAAUACAAUGUUAGAAAGACAAAGAUAAAGAAAGAGUCCCUGGAUUGUUUUUGUUUUUUUUUGUUUUUUUGUCCUGGUACAAGUGGUUCUGAAAUGUUAUCUUUGUUUUCAUUAUUGUAUUUUGUUUUUUGUUUGCUUUUCCUCAAUAUUUUUAUCAGUUGCUGGAUGUAUUGAGAAUUUAUUCUUAAUGUAAUUACAGAAAUUACUUUAUUACUGAUAAUGUUGACUAUUAGUUAUGGGAGCUGUUUUAUCUCUGUUUUAGUGAAAUGUCAUGCGAAUCAUGUUACCUUUUUAUGGGCAGUUUGGAACACUUAAAGUGCCCUUCUUGUUAACAUAGUUUUUCAGAGGAAGUUGGCAAAAUUCGCGAUAUCCAUGUGGGGCAAAGAAGUGCUUAACUUUUACAUCAUAGUGAUUCUGUUGUUUUUGUAGUUGUUUCUGGACUGUACUUUGUGCUGAAAUACUGUAACUGUGCAGACAUGCUGAAUCUUUGAAGGUUGACUUUUUGGUUUUUGGUGGUUUUUAAUUUAAAAGAAAAAAAUCUAAACGUUGGAGUUGUCACUCGUGUAAAAGACAAGUCUGAAUCUGGCCUUGCUCCUUGACUGAAAUCCCAAAAUCAUGAUUGUCGGUGCUUGCUUGAGUUGAGUAUUCUUUUCUGUUCCUCCUCUCCCUAGCUUCUUACUAAAGCUCCUCUACAUUCAGAGGUUGUCUUCCUUUGCUUUUCUUUUUCUCUUUUGUUUGCUUCAUUAUGUGUAACUUGGAGCUGAUUUGUACUACUGGAUAUCUGACUGGAGCCACAGACAGGGAAUCUGUAUUAUUCUUACUGAAACACAGCAUGGAAUUAACAUUAAACAAUCUAAAUUAAACAUCA